AUGGCAUUCCCAAAAACCGGCAUCAAUACGGAGAUCCCUUGCGACCAAACAUGGGAUCCGGAAAUGCAAGAAAAGAACAAAGUUGAAGAUCCAUCAGAUCCAGCGACAUGGCAGAGUAGGAAGAAGAUUUUCGUGGUCUUUGUUGGCCUCCUCACGUUGUUUAACAGCGUCUUCGAUUCAACUAUCCCGAGCGGUGGGAUUAAGUUCAUUUCCAGGGCCCUGGAUGUCAAAAGUGAGACUCAACAGGUGCUCCCAACCUCUGUCUACCUGAUCGGGUACGUGACAGGACCUCUGGCUUUUGGGCCCAUGAGCGAGCUUUACGGUCGGAGGCCAGUGAUGGUGGGAACUUUCGUUCUUUUUACUAUAUUUACCCUCGCAUGUGCCGUUGCGCCCAACUGGCCGGCACUCAUUAUCUUCCGAGCUCUCUGUGGCAUCUGCGCAUCUAGUCCGAUUGUCGUCACUGGAGGGAUUUUCGCCGAUGUAUAUCGCUCUCCUCUUGCCCGGGGACGAACCAUGGCACUGUCAAUGGCAAUCACCACGGCUGGUCCGCAGUUUGCACCACUGGUUGCGGGAUUCAUUGCACCGGUUGAGUGGAGGUGGAUCUUUUGGUUGUCGCUAAUUCUCGCCGGUGUCACCUUGGUUCCGGUGCUAUUUCUCCCCGAAACAUUCAAACCUGCCCUCUCUCGUCAGCCACGAAAGCGCGGUGAAGGCAUUCUGGUGAAAACCUUGACUCGACCGCUGUACAUGAUAUUUUAUGAGCCAAUCAUAACAUUCACUUGUCUUUACUUGUCCUUCGCAAGUGCGAUCUUCUUUAUGUAUUUUGAGGCGUACCCCUUGAUCUUCCAAGGUGUAUAUGGAAUGAGUGAUGGUAUCGCUGGACUGGCGUUUCUUCCAAUCGCUAUUGGAGCCUGUAUCGGGAUGGCCAUAUUUCUAGAAUAUGACUCGCUUCUCCAGCGCGCAAAACUGCGAAAGGCCACAUGGUCCACAAUUGAAGAGUAUCAACGACUUCCUUUGGCAUGUUUAGGGGGACCACUCUAUGUAUUGGCCCUGUUUUGGCUGGGCUGGACUUCAUCCGUGGAGAUUCAUUGGAUAGUCCCCAUGCUGGCAGGAAUACCAUUUGGAAUGGGCUUCUUCCUCAUCUUCGUGGCUCUGAUCAAUUACUUGAUUGAUGCUUAUCACGAGUACGCAGCCAGUGCGAUGGCAGCCGCUAGCUGCUGCCGUAGUGUUUUCGGAGCAGUUUUGCCUUUGGCAGCCGCUCCUAUGUUUAACCGACUGGGCAUAGCAUGGGGUUGUAGCCUGCUGGGAUUUUUGAGUCUUCUGAUGACCUUGAUUCCGUUUGUGUUCAUCCGUUACGGUGGUCUUAUUCGGUCGAGAAGCAAUUUCCGGCAACAACUUCAGCAUUCAUGA